AGUUAUUUCACCUUUUUUUGUUAAGUAAAUAACUCCACAUGUGUAAAUAGUCAUGAAAAUAAAGAGAACGCAUUCAAUGAGAAGGUGUGUCCAAACUGUUGGCCUGUACUAUAUAUUUCACUCAAUUUUAGGGAUUUUUUUUUUGGUAAGGAUUGUUAAAAAUAAUACUGACCGUCUCUAUUUUUGUUCAUGGAUUUUUUUGUGUUAGAUUUUAUUCGCUGGUGCAGGUUUACCACAGAUGGUACACCCAAUGAAAUUGUAUUUUGUGUGUGUGUGCGAGUGUGUACGUGUGUGUUCCUAUGCUCAGUCCUCACUCCUGCAGACCACCACCAACCAGCAGCAGCAUCUAGAACUAACUGGAGAAAGAUGAAGAGCCUGCUUUGCCUCAGCGUUCUACUUUGUGUCUGUGUCCUCCAUAUUAGCGAUGCCAGAGUCAUCCCAGAAGGAGUGCCGUAUGACGAACCACCCGCCGUCCCCUACUGGCCGUAUUCCACCUCGGACUUCUGGAACUACGUUGAGUACUUCAAAUCCAUCGGGGCCUACAACCACAUCAACGAGAUGGCCCGGGCCUUCUUCGCCCACCAGCACCUGGGAAACACGCUGGGCUAUGAGAGCAACAUGGGGCAUGAGCACUGAGAAAAAAGAGAAAUACAACAAGAUAAAGGAAAUCAAGGGAGUUCUGGAUUUGUACAAAUAACCAGCAAAUAUAAGAAAAGAAAAUACUGGAAGUUUUAAGAAAGGGGAAUUCCUAUUUUAUUAUAGCAUGACCAUACUUGUAUAGAAAGUUAGAUUAAGCUAGUAGCAUUUUUUUUAACAUUGUAACAUGCAAUUAACAUUUAAUAAAGCCAAGA